AUGCGAUUCCAGCAACAAGGUCGAGUGUUUGCUAUGACUGCUGAUGAUGCUAUGCAAUCAGACGCCCUGAUCCAAGGUCAGUGUUAUGUCAAAAAUCGAUUUCUAACUGUACUGUAUGAUUCUGGUGCAUCGCAUUCCUUUAUUUCCUUAAUUGUUGCUCGUGAGGUGGGACUAGAUUUCUCUGAGUUGAAGUUUGAUCUAAUUGUCCAUACACCUGCAUCCCAAAAUGCUUUGACUAGUUUACUGUGCCUACAAGUACCAUUUGCUAUUAGGAAUAGGACUUUCAUACAUGAUCUAAUCUGUUUGCCUCUAUGUGGUUUAGAAGUUAUUCUAGGAUUAGAUUGGUUAUCUAAAUAUCAUGUUUUCCUUGAUUGA